CGACUACGCCCAGCUUCCAUGCCCGCUUCGGUACUAGCUAUAUCCGGUGUCAGUCCUACACUGUGGUUAACCUAAUUGCUGACAUGAAGAGGCCGGAAAGGGCAAGCGGUCGGACAUGUACCAACAAAACCCUGCUCUACCUAUUUAUUGGACUGUGCAUUGCUAUGUUAUGUAGUGCAUUCCUGUAUUGGCACUACGUUAACGAAGUCCUCAGUCUGACUGUAGUACUUGCAGAUACUGUGAAAAACAUCUACACGGAUGGAACUAGUCUUUUGUUGGACACACUGAGAUUGAAUAAAACCGAAAGCAAUCAUGGGCCGACAACCAGGCGUCCUGGAUCUGGUAAUGUAACUACCUUGGGCAAAGUGCCUACAACUAAGAAACGAACUGAAGCGCCACCUAGGCCUCCGACAGAUCGUCCGGACAACUGUGAAGUAUGUUUCAAACACGACUUCAAUUACGUGUUAGACAACGACCAAAUAUGUGCCCGUAACGACAAAUCCCCCGAAAUAGAUGUCGUCAUUCUGAUAUUUACAGUUCACCAGAACAGACUACAGAGGGACACCAUACGUAACACAUGGCUAACGUAUGCUAAAAAUAACUCACUAGAUUCUAAUAUCCGGUACGCCUUUUUACUUGGAGCUACUUCUGAUUCAAACAUGAAUAAAAAAGUAAAAGAGGAAUUUGAUGUAUUUAAGGACAUUCUCAAGGAAGACUUCAAGGAUGCUUACAGCAAUCUGACAUACAAAACAAUGAUGGCAUACAAAUGGGCCAGCACCAAAUGUAAGGACGCGAAAUUUGUGAUGAAAACUGAUGAUGAUAUGUACGUCAACAUUCCAAAUAUUCUAAAAACAUUAAACACUAACAAAGACAAGCUACAGACACACGUGGGAGGCGCGUGUCACCAGGUGGCGCAACCAAUACGCGAUCAUCGUUCUAAAUGGUAUGCAUCUAAAAGAAGCUUUCCGGGGUCUCAUUAUCCGGGAUUUUGUUCCGGAACUGGGUACGUUACAAGUAUGAACGUGGCCACAAAAGUGUUUGAAGUGUCCAAACAUGUGCCAUUUUUCCAUCUUGAGGAUGUGUAUGUUGCUAUUUGCAUUAAAAAACUUGGAUACAAAUUACUGAGUAUCCCAAAUUUUAAUGCUGGUAGAUUUGCAGCUGACCCAUGUAUCUACCAGGGAAAUUCUAUGAUGACUUCACAUCAGGUUCCUCCUGAUAUGAUGAAGAAAAUGUGGUUUGGAAAGUGUAAGAAGAAUGCAUAAUAUUGCUGACAUAAUGUAACAUAAAUGUUGGUGAGAUGCGAGCCAGGAGACAAUUGUAAAAGAGAAUACGUAUGAUGGCGUCAUUUCUAGGGCUUUACGGCAUUUUGUGUAGAAAGGCGGUUUAGAGAGAAUGUAUUAUUAUAAGAGUGUAUUCGGUUUAGAGAGUAUAAUGGUUUAAAAAGUAAGGGCGAUUUAGAGAGUAUGGACGGUUUAUUCUACAGUUCUUAUUAACAUAAUUGUAACUAGGUACCAAUAAGGACUUUAUUCCGCAAUACUUUACUGUGACUCAUGAAAUACAUUAUGUUAUAUUGACAUAGAGGUAAAACUAAUAUUUACAAGUCAAAUUACAGUGCUGUCACAAAUGUUACAAGUCAAAGGAAUUUUAAAUCAUUUUAAGAUGACAUAGAAACAACAACUUAUGACCUGUGCUUCUUGUGUUAUGCUAUUAUGGGAUGUUUUUCUUAGGACAAAUAGUUUGAUUGUCCAAAUAAUUUAAAAUAAAAAAAUAGAUGCUACUGCAUCAACAGAGAAGACUAUACUCAAUACUUAUAGACACAAGACUAUCUCGAUUGCACUUAGUUUUAAAAUACUAUUAGGAAAUAGUUAUAAUGGUUUUCUAGUGUUAUCCUUAAAAACAUCGAUUGAGUGUUUCUAUCUUAAUUGAUUUUAAGAGGCAACCAGACUAGAGAAGCGUAAUGCUAUUCCUUCUGACGUUAUCAACUCAAGGAAGUAUUAAUAUGAAUGAUAGUUUUAAAAAGCUUCUGGGCAAUAAUUUAGCGAGUGCUGUCAUUACAUUUUUGACUUUCUUUUCAAGCAUGUCAGCUGAUUGUUUUAUGUCAAUAUCCUGGUUAUAGUCAAGAGUAUAAUAUGUGUAUAGUACUAUGCUAAAUGACAGCUUCAACUAGACAGCAUAACAAUUGUAAUUAGACUUUUUUCAAAAAUGGUAUUGAGUAGUCCUUUUUUGUGUACAUUUCAAAUGUCCGAAAUAGUAUGAUACAAAAACAAAAUAUCAUAUGUUGUGCAUGUUUCGGAAUGUAAAACUGUAGUUGUAUAGUAAAUACUUCGUUUUAAAAAUACACGAAGCAUAUUAACAGGUUUCAUCAAGAUGAUAAUUACAACUAUAUACUUUUUUGGUUCAAGGUAGGAUAUUUUUUUUAAUGGGAUCAUUUUUCAACAAGUUUUUCAAUUUCGAUGGGAUAUUUUUUUGCAUAUAAGAUAUUUUUUCAGUGGGAUCAUUUUUCAACUAGGUUUUUCAAUUACAACUGGGAUAUUUUUACAUAUAGGAUAUUUUUUCAAUGGGUUCUCUUUUCAACUAGGUUUUUCAUAUUCAACUGGAAUGUUUUUGAAGCAGGAUCUUUUUACAAUGGGAUAUCUUUUAACGAUUUUUUUUUAUUUUCAUCUGGGAUAUUUUUGCAUAUAGGAAAUUCUUAAUUGGAUAUUUUUGCAUAUAGGAAAUUCUUCAUUGGAUCUUUUUUUCAACUAGGAUUUUCAUUUUCAUCUGGAACAUUUUUAAACCAGAGUAUUUUAAACUAGCAUAUUUUUACUACGAGGGAAACUUUUCAACUUAGAUAUCGUUUUAACAAGGCUUCUUUUCAACUUGACUUUUGUUUAGAUAGUAUAUUUUUUCGACUAAUAUAUAUUUCAGUAAUAAAACACGUGUCCAUUUUGUCUUAGAUCUUGAGUGACCGACACACAUUUCAUGAUUUGACAAAAAAGAAACAUCACAACGGUUGUCGCACAAUGUACAGAAAACACAGUAAGGUCUGAUUAGCUUGUUGACAACUUCACGUUUUCAUUUUAUUAUUUUCAUCAUGUAAAAAAUAAAGAAAACAAGCAUAUUUUAUUUUUAAAAAUUUGUGACCGGUAGCUUUUUUAUCUUUAUAUUGAUAUUUUAAUUAAGUCAUCACAAUGCAUCAAAACAGCAGUAAAAUAUUCAUUAUAUUUCAUUGAAAUAAUAACUUUAUGAUUUUUGUAAAAACAACCCACCAAUUAUUCAUUUGAAUAUCGAUCAAAAUAUGUAUACAAAAACAUAUAAUCAUGUUCCACUUAUAAAGUGUGUGCCUUCUUCCAAUGGUGGAUCAUUGAUGUAACACUACAUACGUAUACGUGUGUCUAUAUUUUAAACAUUAUUGGAUAUUUAAUAUAAGGCUGGAACGAGUAGCCUCCCUUGUGUCUUACUGUAACAACGCUGUUCCUGUGAUAGAUAAGUUGGAAGUAGUCAUCUAUAAUUUGCUUUUACAUAAUCAUGUUUUUGUUGUUGAUUGAAAUCAUGAAAUAAGUUAAAAGCUUCUUCACUGUUAAAUAGUUGCUAUAAAUAGGUCUCCCGUGUAGGAUGACCACACACAAUUGGAAAAUGGAAAACAUAUUGCAUAGUGGAACUUGGAGAAUUAUUAAGGCAUGGAUCUUCAUUAUGUUUAUGUUAAGUAUCAUUGACAUAUCCUAAAUGGACGUAGUGGCCUUAUGGUUCAUUGAUGUCUUUUUCUUUUUGUAUUUCGUCUCUUUGCAUUGACAAACUAAACUGAUACACAGGUGUUUUCUUAUAUAGUUUUUCUAAUACGAUGAUUGUGUAUUCGUUGAUUUAGGAAGACAUAGCUCAAGAAAUACAACCAGGGAAUAUGGUACCUAUUACAUACAAUAACGAGAUAGAUUAGUAUAGGCAGUCCUAAUCACAAUUUUCUCUGGACUGCAAUCUGUAAUAAUUAUUUCAGUUAUUUUUUUUUAUAUAUAUAUCAUAUACAAAUAUUAUGUCACCGACAACGUCUAUUUGUGUUUGAUUUUCUCGUUUUAUUAGUUUUACCUGUAUUUUAUCCCAAUCAUACCAAAGCUUAACAGAUUUAUCAUCAGGAAUUCGAAGUUAGGAUACACCUUAAAAUGUGUAAGUCGAUGCAGAAGGCUGAACUAAUUAUUUACAACACAAUUGCAGCAUUUCGUCCAUUUGGGUUUCAUCAAUGAUUCUGAAUGGCAAUACAUUGUAUAUAUAAAUGUGUUUAUUUAAUUAAUGAAAAAAUCUAUUUUUUAAUAGAACAAACAGUGUACUAUAUGUGUUUACGAAUCCUGCUUUACAUUGACGCCAUUAUUUGAUGUUAUUUUAUGUAAUGUCGUCAAGUUCAUGGUAAGUGUUCAACUGUUUUUUCAUCUCAAUGCGUUUCUAUUUUUGUAUUGUAUUUUCAAGAAUGUUUUGGCAAAAAAAAUAUAUAUAUAAAAAAAAGAAUUAGAUGCAUUUUGAUUUGUUAUUGGAUUGAAUGGUAUAAUUCAAAAUGUCCUGCUGCUAAUAUAUACAGCGCCUCAUGUCUAUAUGUGUAUGUCAGUACUGACAUCCUUCAUGACAGUAAAAGACACCGUUCAAUCCAUACAUGCCGUUAAGUUAAGUGUUUUUGUGUUUACUUGGUGAAAAUAAAUUGAAUAUUUGUGCAAUCGAUUUUAACCUAGUCGUAGUGCUAUUUAAAACGUAUUUUCAAGCGUAUACUUGACUAAUAAAACAACAUAUUUAAUGUUGGAAAAUGAUGAGAAUGAGAGUGAAAAGAGACUGGAAUGCAAAAUUAUUGCCUUUAAACCCUUUUUGAAACAGUUACAAUAUUGCUGUGCAUUUAUCAAAGUAAUUUGAAUUUAAAAGUUAGCAAAUUUUUGAUAACGAAUAAAUAAGGAGAUAGAGGAAGUCUUGUUUUA